CUCUAUCACGUGUGCGCAUGUUGAUCAGGAUGACCAUUCAAUCGGCCUUCUUGCCAAUCUUGGUCCUGGGACUGGUGUCGAGUUUGGUGCGCUGUGCUCCCUUCUCAGGCAGGCAAGACGGCACCCUGGAGCGACACUGGGAAACCCUCUUCUCUCGUUCCUUGGCUCGGAUCCCCGGAGAAAGACACGAGAUAAACCGGGACAGUGACUAUCUUAUUGGAAUUAAAAGACUCCGGCGCCUGUACUGUAAUGUGGGCAUUGGAUUUCACAUUCAGGUUUUACCCGAUGGGAGGAUCACUGGAAUGCACAGCGAAAAUCGAUACAGUCUUCUUGAAAUUUCCCCGGUUGAAAGAGGAAUCGUUUCACUUUUUGGAGUGCAGAGCCAUCUAUUUGUUGCCAUGAACAGUAAAGGCAAGCUCUAUGGAUCUCCACAUUUUACGGAUGAGUGCAAGUUCAAAGAGAUGCUUCUGGCCAAUAAUUACAACGCGUACGAGUCUACAGCCUAUCCAGGAAUGUACAUCGCGUUAAGCAAAAACGGAAAGACGAAGAAAGGUAACAGAGUUUCCCCAACAAUGACAGUGACGCAUUUUUUACCCAGAAUCUGAUCGGGAACCCUCAGACCAUACCUUAGUUUAAGGAGACAGACUGAGAGACAGACAUCGGUGCACUUUGAAACGGAGAGUUUUAUGCAAAAAAAAUUAGGUGUAUCAUAUUUAAUAAUUUAAGUAUGUAUAUAUUGUGAAAAUAUUUAUAAUUUUCAUUAAUUUUAUAUUUCUGAUAAAAGAGUCCAUGUUGUUCAUGUCAAGAUGACAACUGUUAGAAGACACUGUAUAGUAUGAGUUAUUUAACUUUUUAUUAAUUUAUCAAAGGUGUGCUGCUACUACUUAUUGAAACGAGUAGAUGGAAUUCCUCUAUGUACAAUAAGGUUUUGCACUGUUGAUAAAUCAAGUUGUUUAGUGAGUGAGUGUAACUGUGAUGUACUGUAUAUGCUUACUGCAGUUUUAUGAAACUGAAAGCAGACCUCUUGGGGGCCACUGCCCAGAAGAAGAGACCUUUGAGAAAGAGAACUACAUUUUGGUAAGGGACUAUUUCGGUCCCUUCCUAUAGGAACUGGGCUAGCUUCCUAGUGACAGAUAGACAGACAGACUGACUUCCCCAUUUACACGCCUCCCCUCUCUUCAAAAAGACCUUUCUUUAAUCGCGAACAUAACAGUAUCUGUGAGCUAGGAGCAAAUGCACAACGCCUGACCUCCUUUGUGCAGCGCUGCAAUUUAAUUGAACUGGUAUCGGCUUACUUGCGGUACAGAAAGUGCAGAGCUGAAGUCCUAUCCCACAAAUCUGUUUUUAGCUCUUGCAAGCGUUGAACUCUGAACUUGUCUGCAGUUAAUCUUUGUCAUAGCUUCGAAAACAGAGGCAUCAUGCGCCUAAAUAAAUUUCGAAUUUUUGGAAGUAUGCGGUGUUAGGCUUUAAACUUCAGCACGCACACGCAUGCGCACGCACACGCACGUGUGUAAUGUGCAUUAGCCUAACACACUUAAGUUUCCUAGAAGAUCUACAGAAACAUGCAGAUGCCUACUGUCACGAAGGCCAGCGCAAAGCUGCAAAAUAAUUCAGAAAAAUAAUUACAACGGUUAUACUGCAAGCCAAAAAAUGGGAGCCGCGUCUUGCGAAAGAGCCAUUCCCUUUAGGUAUUGUUUGAAGCGCCACUCCUCGUCAUUUAUUUAUUGUGCAGUAUUUUGAAGGAGAGACGAAUUGCUGCUUAAACGUUUUCAUUCCCUAUUUUAAAACAUUUUUCUUCUACCUCGCUAACAACCGGUUAUCUCCUUACAAAUCCUGCAAAGUUCCCGUUAGCUGAACCCAUCGAGAUACAAGAAACAACACGAAAUUGUCUUUUUUUAUGUGUUGUUGUUGUUGCACAUUGUAGGAGACCAGAAGAAACUUCACCUCCAUAAGUAGCCUGUAUGCGCUUUCAUUGCGUCCUAGCUGAGUGUUGUCACGUUUGUGCUAUCUUUACCCAGCGAUUUACUUUUAGUAAGGAUAAUCAUGGUGAAAAAAUUUGCAGACAGCUGUAAGACUGCACUAUACAGUCAUCCAGUAACCCUAUAUUUUACAUCAUAUAUUUUGCCUCUAUAACUCCAAGUAGUCAGUGCAGCUUAGCUUCAAAGGCAAAGAUUUAUAACAUAAUUCGAACCUAAUAAUAGACAUCAGAUCGGUUAAAAAAAAAUUAAUAAUAGAGACGGGACGCUAUACAUUCUGUUAGGGAUUGUUAGCUAAUUUCGCUUAAUGCAUUUGUUACGAACCGCAGGAAGGUAAGCUGUGAUGAAAACAUUCCUUAUUUAAUGUUGCUUAACACGUUUUUCAUAUUUUCAAGUUCAAUUAAUUUUGCAGUGAUUUCAAAUAAAUAACUGUUUGAAAAUAUGGUGAACAAUUUUCUGGACCACAUUUUCACUUCCUGCUCCAUGUUUAAACGACUAAGUUAAGGAGCGACUUAUAAACACUAAAUGGUGCUUUUGUUUGUGAUUAUUGUCAUUGUUCAUAUUUUUCGUUUUUUUCAUGUUCUGUUAUGUAUUGUUAGUUAUGAUCUUCAUAAAAUGCAUAAAUGGAUCCAGUGUUAAACCCAGAGGGAUUAAAGGGUAUGCACCUGCAGUUUACAACUAAUUGAAAUCAGCCGUCCGUUCUCAACUGACAGAAAGUUGUUCUGUGCUAAAAGUCAUUUACAUAGGUUUACACAACGUUUGCAGUCGGCAUUAUUUGCCUAUUCUCUAAAGCAAAAUUGCUCGGUGAGAAAUUCAAAUGCCGAGAAUCGAGCAAAGCUUGCUGAAAUACCAGUCCUUAAACAUAAGAGGUAAAUAAUUUUAAUUUAAGAAAAAUCUGUCUCACCACGAACGUCUCUCUGCUGUUUACCCGACUAGGGUAACUAAUUCCAGAAGAGUAUAUGAUGACAGGAGGAAAAUGGAGCUGCAGACCGCCACCAAUCCCUUGCAAGUUUCUGUAAUCCGUUUAUGCAUUUUUGAUGCACACUCAAUACAUUUAGAUGAUGUUGUGAAGACGUGGUGCGUUGGUCACGUGAUCUCUAUUUAAUUCGUAAACAUUUAUCAGAAGUUGUCUGUAGUUUUAUACAGGUGCUGUUAAAUAUUGUGUUGUAUGUGCUGUGCACAUUAAAAUGACUGAAAUAAAGUUAUGCAUUAAAAAACUUCUUACGUGUUUUUUUUUCUC